AUGAUCAACGACACUGAGCUGGUUUCCGAUUUCCGAAUUCUUCAUUCAGUUUUUGGUGGUACUGGAUUGAUUUUGAACGUCAUAUUACUGUUACUUGCUAUUUUUGUAACUCCGAAAGUAAUUCGAUUGUAUUCAAUUUUGAUUAUAAACUUUGCAAUUACGGAUGCAUUUGCUUGUCUUCUGGAUAUUUUCAUCGAGAUCAGAGUCCUCCCAUACCCAAAUGAAGACUCAAUGGCUCAUAUUAUGAAUGGAGUUUGUAAAUACUUUGGACUUACUACUUGCGUCGUUGGAUUCAGUCUGUAUCUCCAUACAUUGACUCACUCUAUUUGGUCUCUGCUCAUUUCAUUUGCUUAUAGAUAUCUAAUUCUUUUCAAUACUUCCUUCAAACGAAAAAGUAUUAUUUUGGUAAUUCUGGCUUUUUACUUCCCUUCGUUUUUACAAGCGGUGACUUACUGGAGCAAUUUUGUAGAGCGAUACGAGAUUCUACCCAUUGUUCAAAGAGUUCACCCAACCUAUGAUUUCAGUGAGAGUGUUGGUCUUCUCACGGGAAUCACGGACCUAUAUUCUCCAUCUGUAAUCUAUGGAAUGUUUCAUACAACGUUUCCAGUCACACCUAUAUACAUUGCAAUAUUUAUUGUCAGAUGGAAAAUUAUAAGAGUAUUGAUGAAGAAUCAAGAUUCAAUGUCGAAAGAAACGAAAGCAAUGCAUUCGCAAUUGUUGAAAGUGUUGACACUUCAGGCUAUUCUUCCAGCAACUUCCUUUGGAACAUCAUAUCUUUUUAUGGGAUUAAAACUCGGUUUACUCACUGGACAAAUAUACGAGCAUUUAGUAUUCUCAAUUGCUAUAUUUAUGCCUAUGAUUUCUCCCAUUACAUAUCUUGUCUUUGUCAAACCCUACCGCUUGUUUUUCAUCAGAAAGUUCUGCAAACGAUGUUGCAAGACGGUGAUACAAGAGAAGACACAGACGAAAAUGUAUAGUAACCAAGAUCAUUCAUCAAGUGCCAACCGAAAAUAA